AUGGCUACCGUCACUUUGACAAAGACUCCUCCCAAGAUCAGCCAUUUGGCCACGACUUUGCAGACCACCAGACCAGAGGGAUCUUUACCCCACGACUUCCUUGAAGAAGCACGAUCUGUCAAGAAAGAGCCAUUUGAUGCGCAGAAGCAUGUUGCUUAUCGGCCUCCCAAGCAUAUCUUCUCCAUGAAGGAUAUUGGCUUGGAAGGACAAGGAGUCUCCCCCAACGCAGUUACCGAGCCCUUCAAGUUGUUUUCCCAAGACGCUAUCAAACAGAUGCGAGCUGAGAUCUUCAGCGAAGAUGUGCUUGAGAAUUGCCAAUACUCCUCACCUUUUGUCAAGCGAACCGUGAGGGGCAUGGGCCCUAAGCGAGCUCCCUUUACCUAUGAUGCUUGGCGCUCAAAGGAGGUCCUUGACAAGAUCUCCGAAGUAGCUGGAAUCGAGCUGGUGCCCGCUAUGGACACCGAAAUCAGCGCCGUCAAUAUUGUCGUCAACGGAUCCACGGGCGCAGUCGCCCCUUCUGUCGACAGCCAAGUGAAGGUUGAGGAUGAAGUGUCAGCAUUUGCAUGGCACUACGACAGCUACCCCUUUGUCUGUGUGACAAUGCUUUCCGACUGCACCGAUAUGAUCGGUGGCGAGACCGCCCUAAAGACUGGCAGCGGAGAAAUUAUGAAGGUCCGAGGACCUGCUAUGGGAACAGCUGUGGUUAUGCAGGGCAGAUACAUCAACCACCAGGCAUUGAAAGCGCUUGGGGGCCGUGAACGAAUCAGCAUGAUCACAUCCUUCCGGCCCAAAUCGGCAGAUGUCAUGGAUGAGAGCGUUUUGACCGGUGUCCGCGGUAUUAGCAACUUGAAUGAGCUUUACUCCGACUACACCCAGUACCGCCUGGAGCUUCUCGAGGAUCGUUUCCGUGAGCAGGCAAGGCAGCAGCGCCAGCGAGUUGUCGAAGGAAAGCAGUUUGACACACGAGAUGUGAAGGAGUUCUUGAGGCAGCAGAAGGACUACAUAGAGACCACCCUUAAUGAACUUGUCGAGUAG